GGCCGGGGUCUUCUGUGUGUAGCAGCAAUCGUCGCUGCACGACGACGACAAUGUCGGCGCUCAGCUUCCUGUCCAAGAAGUCAUGGCACUCGGGCCUGCAGAAGAACCAGGAGCGCGUGUGGAACGCAGAGCGUGCGGCGCUCGAGGAGCGGCGCAAGCUCGACGAGCUGCGCAAGGAGCGCGACCGCGAGCGCGAGAUCCAGGAGCUGCAGCGCAUGCAGGAGCAGGCCGGCGGUGGCAAGAAGCACCAGGAGAAGGUCGACUGGAUGUACGCGACGCCCGCCAGCGGCAGCGGUCCUAAUCCGUCGGAGCUCGAGGACUACCUGCUGGGCAAGAAGCGCGUCGACAAGCUGCUCAAGCAGCAGGACCAGCAGGCGCAGGACAUUGCCAACAGGGACGUCGGCCCGAGCGCAGGCGGACCCUCGGCGGCGGCGAGCGCGAUCCGCAACGACAAGGACGUGAGCGACAAGAUCAGGCUCGACCCCAUGUUCAGCAUCAAGCAGCAGGAGCUGGCCGCCUACCAGGCCCUGCUCAAGGACCCAGCCCGGCUGCGAGCCAUGAGGGCCGCCGCUGGGCUGCCGGAAAAGGAGCGCAGCCGGAGCGAGUCCAAGGAGGAGCGGCGGCGGCGCAAGGAGGAGAAGCGCAGCAGGAGGGAGCACCGCGACCGCCGGGGCAGAGACAGGUCGCCGCUGUCGCCGCCCUCGAGGAGGAGGGAGGAGCGCUCGCCGAGAGACUAUUCGCCGCGCAGGCGCGACGAGUCGCCGCGAAGGAGAAGGGACGAGUAUUCUUCCAGGAGACGGGAUGACUAUUCGCCGCCUGCAAGGAGGAGAGACGACCACUCGCCGCCGCCGAGGAGAAGAGACGACUAUUCGCCGCCGCCUCGCAGGCGGGAGGAACGCUCGCCACCGCCGCCUUCAAGGAGAAGGGACGACUACUCGCCACCUUCAAGGAGGAGGGAUGACUACUCUCCAGCUACAAGGAGAAGGGAUGAGCAGCCACCAGCGCCCAGGAGGCGAAACGACUACUCCCCGCCGACUCGACACCGCGAAGUCGACCGCCGUGCCCCGCCCCGCUCUCCUCCCCGUGCUCGCCAGGGCUCUUCUUCUGCCGCCGCCGCCGCCGCUGCUGCACCCACCGUCGACGCGGAAGCCGAGCGCGCCGCCAAGCUGGCGCGCAUGCAGUCGGACGCCACGUCGCUCUCUGCGUCGCGCGCCGCGCAGCUCAGCAGCCUCGCCGAGACGGAAGCGGCGGAGCUGGCGCGCGAGGAGGCGCUCCGGGCCAAGCUCCUCGCCCAGCGCGCCAAGGGCCUCAGCCAGGGCCAGGGACGCUUCAUCGAGGAGCAGCAAAAGAUGCUCUACGGCGCCAGUGGCGCAGGCGCCGAGCAGCGGCUCGAGGACCGCCUCAAGGGCGGCGCCCGCGAGGGGCUCCAGAGGUUCACAAAGGACGACUGAGUCUGUAUUUCUUCCAAUCAAUCACAAUUAAUACCAGCCAUCUCAUUACUUUCCAUCUGACUGGGCACGGCGACACUCAUU